AUGCUCUCAAACACGGCAGGAUACACUUCCGACGAUUGGGAAAGUGAGAUCCAGCUUGCUCUGGAUGCCCACAUCGAUGCAUUCGCACUCAACAUGGCGGCUGGAGAAGGUACCACCACUACCUCUCUCCCAAACGCGUUUGCGGCCGCUCAAAAGCUCAAAUUCCACCUGUUUUUCUCGUUCGAUUACGCUGGGAACGGGCCUUGGGACAAGAACGAUGUCGUGAGCCUGCUGGGUCAAUAUGUGAGUAAUGAUGCUUACUACUUUCACGGAUCGAAUCCUCUGGUGUCGACGUUCGAAGGGCCCGAUAAUGCAGAAGACUGGGUGGACAUCAAGUCCCAGCAAUUCUGCUUCUUCGUUCCGGACUGGUCGUCGGUUGGGGCCAAAGCCGCUAUGGCCCUGGCCGAUGGGGUAGCAGACGGCCUUUUCAGUUGGGCUGCCUGGCCCAACGGACCCAACGACAUGAAUACCUAUGUGGAUGCGUCGUAUAUCCAGUACCUGGACAAGAAGCCUUACAUGAUGCCGAUCUCUCCAUGGUUCUUCACCAAUAUGCCCGGAUACGACAAGAAUUGGCUGUGGCGUGGUGACGAUCUCUGGUAUACUCGGUGGGAACAGGCACUCUACCUCGCUCCGGAGUUCAUCGAGAUCAUCUCCUGGAACGACUUCGGCGAGUCCCACUACAUUGGGCCUAUCGUUGACAGCCACAAUCCGCUAGCUGACUCCAUGUACACCGCGUUCGAGACAGGCGAAGCCCCUUACAACUAUGUCGAGGGCUUCGACCACAGUGGCUGGAGACAAUUCCUGCCUUAUGUGAUUGACCUCUACAAGUAUAACCAGACCAAUAUCGACAGUGAAGGCUUGGUGACCUGGUAUCGGCUGAAUGCAGCAGGUUCGUGCCCUGACGGUGGCACGACUGGCAACACGGUGUCUCAACUGCAGUUGGAAUACUGGCCCAAGGAUAUCGCACAAGAUAAGAUCUUCUUCUCCGCAUUGCUUGGGGAGGCUGGAGAUAUCUCGGUGACUAUCGGAGGAGUAAAUGUUGAUGCAACGUGGACCAACACCCCAAGUGGUGGAGGGGGCAUCUAUCACGGCAGUGUCUCCUUUGCCGGCCAUUCUGGCUCAGUUGUCGUGUCUGUUACUGGAUCUACCGGCACUAUCACAGUGAGCGGACAAGACAUUAGCAGCGGAUGCUGGGAAGGGGAUCAGGUCGAGAACUGGAAUGCUUGGGUGGGCUACAGUUUGGGCGGCGCAGUCGAUGUGGAUUCCCCCAAGCUAAACAAGGAGGUAUGUAUGGAAGGAUGGGGAAUGGGCGACUUCAAUGGGCUCUGUAGCUACUCCUGCAGCCUGGGCUAUUGUCCCGUCGGAGCGUGCGUUUGCACAAAAUUAGGACCUCAGCCAGAGUUGCCCACGUCCACCGGGAUCCAGGGAUAUCCCGCGGCUGGAAAGGACGCCAACUACGCUGGGCUGUGUUCAUUCGCCUGCAACUAUGGGUAUUGCCCUUCUACUGCCUGUGGAACAGUAUCGGUUCCAUUGACUAUCCCAACCGUGUCCCCUUUCACCCCAGACACCUGUGUGGCAGGAACAGGCGAGAAUGACCUAGCCGGCUUGUGCAGUUUCGGCUGUAAUUAUGGCUACUGCCCCAUCUACAAUUGCACCUGCACGGCGACAGGCCCUCUGAACAUGCCUCCUGCCCAGAAUACCAGUAUCACGGGUUGGGCACCCGACGAAGAUGAUAAUGGUCUUUGCGAAUUUGCCUGUACCCGGAACUACUGUCCAGAGCCGGUGUGUUUAGACGUGACGCCUGAUGAUGACGCAUGCGGGAAUAUUGACGAUGACAGCGAUGAGUGUGUAGGUGUCUUCAACUGCGAUUUUACUAUCAGUUACACCUCUCUGGACGCUCUACAGGCUGAUAUGGAUACCUUUGACCCCUAUUGUGUUGACUUCUAUGUUUUGGGCGCACUGUAUGGGGAGUUGGAAGCCACGGUCGCCAACUUCACCAGCAUUGCCAACACGAGCAACUAUGAUGAGUAUUUCAAGGACUACGAGUCUUAUAUGAAAGGCCAAGUGGGGACACAGCUUACAUAUUUUAUGAAUAUGAGCGAUACUGGUGCGCAGGGUGAGGGCAACCGCUUCUUCACGUGCACACUCAGUUUUGGAGGGGUGAACAGGACGGCGGGACCAUGUCCUGACGAUCUCGGGUACGAAAAUCGUGCACAUACCGUCUUUUAUAACUUGAUCGAUGCGGACGGCUUCUAUGGAAACCUCAGCGCGGAAUUUGGGAUAGAACCUGACUGGGUUGUGCUAGGGGGCUGGUCGAGCACGGAAGGGCCCUACUACGACGACAAGGGCAAUACCGCGUGCAACGUCUAUGACAACCCUGAGGCUGCCUGCUGGUGGCAUCGUGGCUUCCCGAUUCCAGCCCAGAAGAUCACCAUCAGCGACCCGCGGGAGCUGAUGAGACAGGCCCUGCCCAACAUCCCAAACCUCCAGCUUUCCCUUCUCAUCACCGAGCUCCAGAUCCUAUCAGGUUCGUUCGACGGCGUGAUCGACGACGUCGUCCAGACGUACUCCACCGCCGUGUUCACCUUGGCCGAGCUGGUCGACCGCGUCUACUCCGUGGUCGCCAUUGGCGAGAAGAUCGAGGCCGAGAAGAAAAAGGAGCUGAUCCUGCAGAUCCUCGGGGGCGUGUUCCUGAUCGUGCCCUUCCUCGGCCCACUCUCUGGUCUUGGAGAUGUCAUCGAGGGUCUGGACGCGGCGCUCGCGCUCGUGGGUACCGCCGCGAACGAGGCGACCGAUAUCUACACCAUGGUGCAGGACCCAGAAAGCGCCCCAGUCGCGAUCUUGAGCAUGCUCCUCGACUUCAACGAUGGAGUCAGCGCGAUCGAGUUUGACUCCAUGGCCUUGAGGCGGCGCGGCAUGAAGGGCUCGGAUAUUAAGUCGGUCGGGGUUUUGUUCGAGCAAAAGAUGGAUCAAUUGGAGUCCAUUGUCAGCAAAUGCGCGAGGAUUUAA